UGUCCUCCGCGUUCGGGGACCGGAGUAAAUGCGACGGCCGAACCCCCAACUAACCCCUAUACCGUAUCUAUCUAGAAGGGGCUAGGACCGCUUGACCCCGUCCUCUCCCAGGGCGAUCUACUGCGACGCCAUUUUUGUGUGCAUCUUGUGGGGAGAUUUCUGCAGCCGGUGCAGGACCGGGCAUGGAAGAAGCAGGCAUGGAGUUCCUUCUGGACGCCGUGGACAGGUUCCCCUUGCUUGAGGAAUUCGCUGACAGCGUUGAGCAUCCAGAUCCAGUUCCUCUGGGGCGGAUGCAAGCGAACGAGCCCAGUUACGCGGGUAGCCCUGUCUCAAAAGAUGAUUCUGGGUGCGGCCAGCAGAUUGGCGAAGUUGAGGUGAACGGAAGGCAACCUGCUGCUCGCCGCCGUACGAACACAUCUCCAACUCGGUUUGGACAGUCAACUGACAGGGUGAACCCAGAAGCACCCGGGUGGACUAAAAGGUUACGGCUAGGGAGCGCGCCACCGGACAGGACACCAUGUCCCAGCCGUAUGAGCGCUCUGGAGGAGUCGAUGCGCAAGUACGCUGAAGAGCCCAGCAAAAAUGUGGUGCGGCCAACACUUGUUCUGACUUUUGAUUCGCUUGGUGAAGCAUACGACUUCUACAAUUUGUAUUCCUGGGAAACCGGUUUCGGCAUUAGAUAUGGAAAGAGUCGGCUGAACGUUGAGAGGAUAAAGUGCAUGCAAGAAAUAGUGUGCGGUUGCUCGGGGAAGCCAGAAGCAGAAAAUAGUAGAUCGUGCAGGUGUGAGUGUCCAGCUUUGAUAAGAUUGUUGCGAGCAGCGGACAACAGCUGGUACAUUACAGAACACAGAGAGAACCAUAAUCAUUCAAUGUCAUUGACAAUGGGUGAGAAAGUUCACCGGCCGUCGCACAAGCACAUUGAUGUGUACACUAAGGAUCUCAUAAAACAGCUACGGAAGAACAAUGUUAACCUUGGCAAGGUGUACAGCAUAAUAGGAUGUUUCUUCGGGUCGGUUGAGAAGGUUCCAUUCACUAAGAGGACUCUGAGGAACAUAUGCGGGAAGAUCAGUCGGGAGCAGGCCGAUGAUAAUGUUAGGAAGACACUUGAAGUGUUCGCUGACAUACAGUCUGGUGACCCUGGUUUCACAUACAGAGUGGUGGCUGAUGAUACAAGCAAAGUGAAGAACCUGAUGUGGGCAAACGGGAGCAGCCGUAUGCAGUACCGUUUCUUUGGAGAUGUUGUCACUUUCGACACAACAUAUAGUACUAACUUGUACGACAUGCCUUUUGGAUUACUUGUUGGGGUAAACAAUCAUUUUCAGAGCAUCAUCCUCGCUGGGGUGCUGAUGUGCGACGAGCAGCAAGAGAGCUUCGAAUGGGUUUUCGCCGAGUUCCUUCGAAUGAUGGGAGGACCUGCCCCAAAGACUAUCUUGACAGAUCAGUGCAGAGCUAUGGAACUAGCUAUCAAGAAGGUGUAUCCAGAUACGAUGCAUAGGUGGUGCAAGUGGCACGUGCUGAAGAAAGCAAAGGAGAGUCUAGGACCUUUGUACACCAAAAAAAUGACUUCCAGGCUGAUUUUCACAAAGUCGUGAACCACAUGUUAACCGAAGAUGAGUUCGAGACGGCAUGGGGUAUGUUGCUGGAUAAGUACAAUUUGCGAAAGCACGCAUAUAUGACACAGAUUUAUGAGAUUUGAACAAAGUGGGCAAAACCAUACUUUAGAGGUGUUUUCUGUGCCAAGAUGACCAGCAAACAACGGAGCGAGAGUGCCAAUCACAUGUUGAAGACAUACAUGCCCCCAGCGAGCCCCAUGCAUGUGUUUGUCAGGCAGUAUAUGAGACUGCAAUUUGACAGGGAGCGUGAAGAGAGCUACAAGGAGAAAAGAACUAUGAUUCUAAGUCAGCCGUUUAAUUUUUUCAUUGCACACAUGGCAAAACCUAAAUGCUAAUUUUUGGAACUUAUUUGCUAUUCUGUCAAAUUGUGUUGCUCUUUUGCAGGGAGGUGCAGUGAGAAGAACAAAUUUGGCUAUAGAGAGGCACGCCAGUAAAAUAUACACCCGAUCUAUGUUUGACGAGUUUGGGACAUUUCUGAUGGAAGCCAUAGCAUAUAACAUAACGGAGAUAGAGAAGAUGAAGAAGUAUGUGGCAACCCAUAAUAAUGCGGCAAAGAGAGAGAGAUGGAGCAGAGUUGUUUAUGAGGUUACUGUCGCGGAUGAUCAAAAGGAGUUUACUUGUGAGUGUGGUCAAUUCGAACACACUGGUUUGUUGUGCAACCACAUUCUAAGGGUAAUGGAAAUACUACACCUAGAACAGAUUCCAGCUAAACAUAUUGUGAAAAGGUGGACGAAGGACGCAAGAGACAUUCUACCAAGCCAUCUGCAGCAGUACCAAAAGGACAAGCGGACCAACACAUCAUUCACAUGGAGGCAUUCGACAUUGUACUUCAAAGCUAUGGACGUUGUUCGAAUGGGGGAUGCGAGUGCACAAUCAUUUGAUUUCAUGCUAGCUGGGAUGGAAGAUCUACUAGUGCGUGGAGCACCUAUUGCAGAGAGGAGAGAUGGCCUCGGGUUUGAGGAUCGGGUGACGACCUUAGACCCUGUGAGGCAAACUGAUAAUGGAGAAGUUGCUUUCGUGCUUGGUUCAGGUGCCGAUAAAGAGAAUAGCAUGGCACAUUCUGUCAGCAUCAAUGACUUGGAAGGGCUAGCAGCACCCGCUAAGCAGAGGGGGGUUGGUAGGCCAACAAAUAGCAGGGAGAAGGCACCGUACGAAGGACUCAGUCGACGUACACGUUUCUGCAGCAUCUGCAGGAGGGGAGGACACAAGAGAACUACAUGUCCUGAUAGAGGGGACGCACCAAAAAAGCCGAGGAAACCUAGUCGAUGCAAGAACUGCGGAAUCGAAGGUCACCGUCAGAACACGUGCACCAGGCCAUUGGGGUUCGCUGCAAACUAGUUUUCAACAUUCAUGUCUUAUGUUUUGCCGAUCGGAAAUUACUAGUUUGUUGUAGUACGAUCUGCUCUUUGCAUGCUUAUCUCCACUUAGAUGGUAUUCAUAGUUGCAUGAUGAAUAAGAUUAUGUAGUGUCAGCUGUGCAUCCACGCUCUAUGGCAAUGUAGCAAGAUAAAAUGUGCUGGACUUGAGUGAGGACUUUCGUGUUUCGUAUUGACUGAAGCUGAAAUGUUUAUUUGACUGUCAUACUGAAGAAAAUAUUGUUUCCUGGUUUUUAGUA